AUGACAUCGUUACCGUCAGCGUCUCCUCGGUUGAAUGGAGUGCAGGAGCAGGGCCAAGGCUCGUCGAACUCCUCGCGGCCUGUUAGCUCUGGUGUACGCAGCGCCUUUGAGGCAACCUACCCGAGCUCUUACGGGAGAGGGCGGGAGAGUUUCCAUUCUCUGAGUCGCACAUCCAAACCAGUAGAUUUUAGCGCUCCUGAGGUCGAAGAGGCCAUGGAGGUCUUGAGGAAGCUUCUCUGCCCCGUGAUUCUUCGAAUAGUAUUGCGAAUGCGGAAAAUAAAACGCUGGCCUGGAGAAAACGUGAUGCGAGUGUAUACAGCAGACUCUAUUAUUGACGCUAUUCGGACCUCGGAUUCAACUAUAGCGAAUUGGCCGGAGGAAAUUCUUAGGCUGUUUGCGGAGGAAGCGGAGUACUUUUACUUGGAACCAAAGGAAAUCAUUGUGUACAUGAAUGAAUGGUACGUGUCUACUGGGAUUGUGGUACUCUUGUAUGGGGAAUUGAACGAAAGAACGGCAUGUCUGGGGUCGCCAACCUCCUUGACUGGACGACCCUAUGACUGCCGACACUCCGCCCAAGCAGUCCUUUGCGAUCAAGUUGUUCUUUGUAGGGAUGUCUCGAAUUCGCUUAUAGCAGCACGUGGUUACGCAGAUGUGGCCGUGUUGCCCUCUCGAUGGGUGUGGGAUGUAAUCAAUAGCUACGUUUUACAGCACUUUGGAGGAAGUGUGCUGGAUUGCCUGAAAUUCGCUAUCACACCCAUGUGUGAAAGGAUUAUGAGGGAGACCUACUUCCCCACAUCGUUGGUCCUGCGUCGCAGCUGGAUGUGGUCACUCUUCGGAUCCAGGGACAGAAUACGUCUUGCGCGGUUAAUGACAGUGAAGGCGUUCUGCAUAGGUGACACCCUGUUCUGCGAGGGAGAUCGUGAUCCGUACAUGCACAUUAUUCGACGUGGGGUUAUAAAAGUAGUAGUAAAGAACCAGCCAUUGCUCGAGUUCGACUCGGGUUCCUCCUUUGGUGAAGUGAGCAUUUUAUUUGACGAGCCUCGCUCGUGUCGCGCUGUUGCCUCGACAAUGUGUGAGGUUUACUCCCUACAUAGAAGGCAUUUAAUGAGGUAUCUGCGAAAGCGACCAAUGUUGUAUGAAGCUAUGAUCCAAGCAGCGCUGGAACGGCGUGAGAAGUGGCUUGAGGAUGGGAAGCAGCGAGAUGUCAUGGGACUUGCCGGUUUACUUGCCGGAGUUCCUUGUCUCAGUCAAAGUACGGAGAGGGUGCGCAUUGCCCUUGCAAUGGAGGCCAAAGCGCAUGUCCUUCCACCGAACCAGACCUUGUUUGCCAAGGGUACAGUCUGUGGUCAUCUCUUUCUCAUUGGGCGUGGAAGUUUGAUGGUGGAGACGGGAACGGGGGAUCGCAGUGUACGAUCAACGGCCGACUUUGUCGGCGAGCUGUGCCUUCACCCUCAUCGUUGGCCGACGGAUGUGCUGACCUGCACCUCCGUCGAUGGAUGGUCCCUUUCCGUGGAUGAGAUUUUGCGUGCUCUUUCCAGUAUCAACGCCGAUUCCCAGGCGGUGGAUAUUUGCCGGCAGGGUAUUGAGUUGUACAGGGCACAGCAUGGAGAAAUCAGUGUUCUUGAGGAGCUUGCGGACUCCACACCUCCUUCACCGAAGGCCGAAAACGGCGGUGACGCUGCCCCACGCACAAAGCGGGCCACGCUUUCCUACUCACAUGAUCCACGGGGUUUGGAUGAGUUGCCUGUGUCACUGCUUGCGCAGGCUGAAGGGAUUUACACGAGUUUUGACUGGAAAGAGUACGCAAUGAAGGACAAAUCCGUCUUCGCCCUUCGAAGAAGACGAUGA